AUGUCUCUCAUAUCUGAGCCCUCUGGCUAUUUGCCAACAAUCCUUUUGAUACUCUGUCUCAUCUUUCCAUUCUUGGGUGCCUAUCUUUCUGCUCGACUUUACUAUUAUCGCUUCGAACAGCAUGCGUCCUGGCCACAGCCACAGCCUUCCCUCCUCUGGGGCCACUUGAAAGUAAUGCAUCAGGCAAUUCAAGAGUGUCCUCCAGGUGCACAUAGUGACACCGCACUCACAAAGAUCUGGGAGAAAUUGGGAAAGCCAUCCGCAUUCAUCUUGGAUCUUCGGCCGGCUGAGCGCGUUUUGUGCGUUGUAGCCAAUCAUGAAGUUGCCGAACACUGCGUUCAACCGUCAAAGCAAUUUCCGUACGGGGUUGGCAAAUCGCCGACCAUGCAGCGCUUUACAGAGAUCCUUGGUAAAGGUGCAAUCAUUACGCGCGAAGAGGUGGAGUGGAAGAUGCUUCGUAAAAGAUUCAAUCCUGGAUUUGCAUUUCCCCAUCUGAUAGACUUGCUGCCGGUUAUUCUGGACAGAGUCUGGAUAUUUAUGGACCGUCUCGACCGCCACGCUCAGGCGGGCGACGAGUUUAGAUUCGGGGACCUGUGCAAUUCUGUCACAUACGAAAUCAUAUGUGCGGUGACUUUAGGAAUCGAUCGGAACAAUAAGUCAGAUAUGGCAACACUCAGGUGGAUAGGACAUAUUUACUGGAAGCUCCUGUCAAGUUACAAUCAGGAAGAUGACUCCAUUUUUUGGACCAGUCCACGGGUCAAACGGCAUCGGCAAGCCCUUUCUGCAGAACUGAAUCAUGUGAUCAUAACAUAUAUAAGAGAUAAAUUCUUCGACUCCCAUGGCAAACCUCUGACUAGUGAGACGGACAGAAUUUCAAAAACCAUCGUCGGGCUCAGUCUGCGAGGAACUGAGAAAUUAACGCGUGAAAUCCUAGAGUCGACAUGUGAUCAAGUCAAAGUUUUUCUCUUCGCUGGACAGGACACUACGAGCACCCUACUACAAUGGGCGACAUAUGAACUGAGCCGUACCCCACAUGCCCUCCAAGCUCUGAACACAGAACUCGACAAGAUCUUCGGCUCCGACGCGGGUCCUGAUAUAAUCCGCCAGAAGCUCAUAUCGCAAGGUGCCAGUGUCAUUGGACAAAUGUCCUAUCUUUCUGCGAUCAUCAAAGAGACGCUCCGGCUGCAUCCACCAGGGGCAACAGCACGGAUGGCUGCUCCCGGUUCCGCGGAAUUUGUUCGACUAGCCGAUGGUAAAGAAAGGUGCAUUGACGGCAUCAUCAUGUAUAACUGUCUUUCUCUGAUUCAGCGCGAUCCUCUGGUCUAUGGUGAAUCCAAUAAUGAUUUCUCACCAGAACGCUGGUUGAACAAGGGAGAAACGGGCUCCUUUCCACCCACUGCUUGGCGUCCGUUUGAGCGUGGCCCAAGGAACUGCAUUGGUCAAGAGUUGGCCAAAAUUGAAGCGCGAGUCAUCUUAGCCUGCAUCGCGCGGCGGUAUGAUUUCUCCAAAGUAGGUCUUGGGGAGACUAAUUAUGCGGGAAAUGGUGAGCCGGUUCUGGACAGCAAUGGGCAGUAUACGGUGCUUUCUAAGCUUUAUGAUACCAGAGAGAUAACUCUCAAACCGGUAGACGGAAUGAGGAUGCGAGUCAAAUUCACUCCAAAAAUUGGGCGUGCUAAAGUUUGCACUAUCGCCACCAUGACGUCCACGUCCGCUCAGAAUCACCCUCCGUCAACGUCGGCCUCCGAAUUCCCACAAAGUCAAACGGCCCCAACUACCGGCAUUGAUCCCAAUUCAAACCUCCCGACAAGUGGAUAUGCGCCGAAUGAGAACCAACUGGCUGGGCUGGUUGAAGCGGCCACCGCAGCAGCCGGCCAGGACGUGUCAGAGUGGGCGGCCGCAGCUGCAGUGGCCGCGGCGGCUGGUGCAACAGGGCAUCAGCACCAUUUGGAUGGGUAUGGGCCUGAAAUUCAUAUCGACGACGAGGGGUUUGGAGACACGAGUUUCGGAACUGGUAUGGGAAGUGGAAGGCAUUUGCGAGUGCCGGGGUCAGGUGCCUCCAAUGACCAGGGCCAGUCUUCUGGACUGUCCAGAACUGUGUCGAAGAAGAGGAAAAGAGGCGAUGAGACCUUAGACCCGGCAUUAGCAGCAUCUGGGGCUGGCAUUGGCACAUCUGGUGGCCAUGGUCAGCAGUCGCAUCACCAUCAUCCGCAUAGUUACGGCGGAGAUAGUCUGGAUAUUCGAGCUGCGCCGCCACAAUCGCUGUCAGAUGCUCGCGCCGUCGGUCUUCAUUCCGCUGCGGCUCUUUUCCGCCAACCAUCGAGCAACAAAAAAUAUACCCGCCCACCGAUGUCCAAACUUUUCACCUCCUUAGAGCUCUCGCCUGAGAACUUCCUUCACCUACAAGCCGCAGCUAAGGGAUAUAUGCUUGAUGACGCACAUCCAGAGCGACGGGAAUGCGUCGGUCAGCGUGGAAGGGGUGACACGGAGAUGGUCAAACUGAGACUAUGGAACUGUGUGCGCCAUUUUCUAGAGUCCGAGGGCCAUGGCGAGCGAUUUUUUGGUGAAAAUGCCGUUAACGAGGACAUGGGUCCGAGAACUUACAUAUGGCCUCGCGAUCAACAGAAGAUUAUCUCUUUGGUCAUCCCUUUGCUGAGGCGAAUGGUCACCAAUGAACGUCAACGCCAAUAUGCUGUCGAGACGCGAAAAGGUGGAACAGAAGAGCGCAGGCGACGGAAGACAGAGGAUAGCAUUCAGAAUUUUAAUAGCGCCAGCCCUCCCCGAUUCCCGGUGGAAGAGCAACUGCAGAUGCAUACGCAAUCUCAUCUGCCCGAAGGUUACACGUCCACACAGACCCAAUUGUCAGCAACACAACCGGUGGGAUCACAGCAAGUAGACUUGGGAUUAACAGAUCUAUUCCUCGAUGGAUACACGACAGACUGGCAUGAGAUCUCCAAAGCAUACGAUUUGUACAAUCAAAAUUAUGAACUCGACAAUCUGUGGUACCUUUCCGGCCUUCAGCAGCCAGAUUGGCGCGGACUAGUCGCGGCUGUUGAUAGCCACUAUCAAGUCAUCCACAACGGUGAUUGUGACUGUCCGACCUCAUGUGAGGAUGAGAAUGUCAUUCGUAUACUGGAUGCGAACACUACGUCUGACUUGCGAUGGCGAAUUGGCGGCAGUCAGAAUCAGCCUGCCAGAAAUGAAUUUGCAAGCAGCAUCACUCGUGAUGUUUCACGCGUUAUUCGUGACAGCUUAGGUGGCAAGCAACCGGAACAUCCGUCUAGUAACAAUCAAGCACCAGUCCCUCAACCUCAACCCUUACCGCCACCCAACUUCCCACCCAUGGCUGGAGUCGUAAACAACGAACACCUUGGAACGGCCGGUCCCCAGGCUCCUCUUUCUAUUCGGGUCAAUAUCCUACAAGAAGGAAAGCGUGCCCUUCCUCGGCUUGACUUGGCCGCGGGACAAAUUCCAGACCUCGAGACUCUCAAGCAACUCAUUACCCGUCGCUUCCCUGGACAAUUACCAGGUAUUCCUUCGGAAGCCGCCUUGGACCCCACUGCAGGUAAUUACAACUCCUCUGUCCAGUGGAAGUUCAAGGUCUUGCUUCCUGAUGGACUCACGCCCGUGCAAAACGAUGGUGAAUGGACGAUUGCCCUCUUAUCCGCUGGCAACGUUGACUGGAUGGACGGGGAUUUGAAGGUUCUUGUUGAACUUGAAAGCUCCUGA